UGAGAAUGUGUUCAACUUCUUCAUGUUUGUGACAUUUUUUAAGGAUGGCUCCGUGACAUCGUUGACGAAGAAAAAUGAAAUGUAUCUAUCAGAUUUAUCAAGAUAUGGUCUCCGUUGAAGUUCUCGGGUCUCGUUCUUAGAUUUCGCGGACAAGCGCAAGCCACUCGGCUUUUCACGAUCUCGCUAUGUUGAUUGAAAAAGCAGCUGAUUUGGUUCCUGCAGCUGCUGCCGGAAGUGAGGCAGCUGCGGAAGCGCGGCGUUCCGUGAUUUUGUCGAUUCUUCUCGAGUACUUGCGGAGCGAGGGUGAGCAGCGGCUCGGCCAGCUCCAUCUGUUCUUUACGAAGAGUGAAGCCCGCGAUAAGAGCGCACGUCUGGUGCAGUACUUUUGCAAGUUCCUUAGUGGCAUGGUGCAGCUUCAAUUUGAAAGGCGUGCCGAUUACUUCGAAGACAGCAGGAACGCAGCAAAGAAGACUCGCCUCAACCUGUUUCAUAGAAAGGUGAAAGAUGUGCAGAUCAGCAUGUCCGACGCCCGGCGUACGCAUCGCUGGGCUAAGGAAUUCGUCGUCCUCGCCAAGGUCAAGGCCAUACGCGCUGCCGCCAGACACGACACUAUCGAGCACUUCAACCUCAUAUCCAAGCUGAUUAUGAGGAAGUGGAGUUCUGAUCCCUAGAGGUAGUUGAAGUUGUGGCCUUACUUCAUGCACGCCGACGCAGCUACAAGAGAAUGCACGAUCAUGAAUCCAAGCUGUGUGCGAAUUUAAGAAUGAACUGAUGUAUGUUUUUUCAUCCGUAUGAUCAUGCUUGUCUAAUGUUUUGUUGAUGUCUUGUUUUCAUAUUAUUUCUGGCUUGGUGGCUAGCGUGCGAUCAUUACGCGUGGCUGUGCAAAGUUCGGCUGUUUGACCGAGAGUACAAGCCCGUAAUGCAGUACAACAUGCGAUUUAACGUGGCGGCGAAUGCGUUUCAAACAGUGUACCAGGCCCUGCUAGUGGUCCGGCAUUCACGACGUAUCUGGACACUGUCGCAAAAGCUGAAAGAGUUGCAGCAAAAACGCCUAAAGUUGGAGGACGGCAGUCCCGUUCCCGAUGCAAUCGACGAUAAUGAGGAAGAUAAGCCAUCCCGCAUGCUUGGCGACCGGAAGAGUAGCCUAUCCACGAGUAGUGCAGUAAAAAAACCGAAGUCAUCUCCCUCGACCACGAAUGCACCGACUGGUACCACCGAACCAAGCGCCGGAGCCGCGCACGCUUCUCCUUCAAUACAGCAGACAUCCAAUCCGCUAUCUUCAAUUCUCAACGAGCAGCGCAGCGUUGCUUCAGGUGCAGUCGGGUCCACGCCAACCGCAGGUAGCAAGGGGCCUGCUCCGCUCACAGCAGCGGCUCUCAGAUUGCACGACUCUUAUCUUCAACAGGGUUCCAGCGGCAGCCUGCCAGUCCCUCCCGAGAGCAAUCUGGGUGGUCCGGAGAGUGCCGCGCCAUCACUCGUAUCCGAGAUGGAUGGUGGGGUCAACAAUCUACCAACUGUAACUCCUACGGGCAGGAGUCUAGGUGGAGGAAUGAUCGCACCCCUCACGAUUAGUACGAGCUUCGCGUCAAUGAGGGGGCGCGAUAACUAUCGCACGCGUGUACGACGAAGAUACACAGCAGGUCCGACUGAGGCAGCUGAAGCCAUGACGCGCGCACUUUCAGGAGACGUCGGAGCCGAUGCCGAUAACAUUAGUGCACGGUGUAAGUCGGCAAGCGCAGCAUCAACCGACAACGUUAUGAGGACUCUCGCAGCAAAUCGGAGCAGGUAAUAUCUUCGAUGAAUACGGGAAGAUAGAGUGGAUCGUAGUCUUUGUCUACUGUUGUCAUAGUUGUAGUUCACUACUUGUUCUUCUCCUAAUAAUCAUCUUCACUACCUUUCUUGUUCUUGUAGUCCUAGCCCUAGGUGAUCGCAGCAGAUCUUCAUCAAGAUAGAGGAGAGCACCGCGAUAAUCUCAUUUGAGUGCCCCAGCAACAAGCUAGACUAGCGGGUAGAAGUCGCCAGGGAAAUCCUAGGCAUAUCGCCGAGUAGAUUCACGCCAUCACGUGCCCAGGCGUUAUCUAUCCAAUUGGAAUUGCAUCGCAGGUCUUCUAUGCCAUCUCCUUCGCAUAGUGUGGCCAGUCUGCUCUCUGCGUAUAAAACCGCGGGGCGUGAUCGUUUCUCGCGUCGAUCCUCUGAGGCACGAACCCGAGCGAAUAAUCGAGCUGAACGCGUGGAGGUGGAAGACGUAGACGUGUUGAUCAGCUCUACGCCUGCUCUCAAUACUCUUGUGGCGAGAACGGCGCUAGAUCGCACCGAGGAGGACGAAGUCAUAAAACAGCUAGCCUUUCAUCGAUGGAAGAGGCGCGAGGCGCUAGCCCUCACAGCCAAAGGCAUCUUGCAAAUCGUCCAAGCACUGCAUAACGGAUCGAUCUACGAAAUUCAUGACGCACCAAUCGGCGUUCUUGGAAUCAUCAGCAGCAUGAUAGACAUCCGCAAUCUUUGGCCGGCGAAGCAAGCCAUUUAGUACCCAAGUAUCGAACCUGAACAAGAAAAGAAAUUGAUGAAAUAGAUAUAGUUCUUCUUCUGUCCUCGCUUUAGAGGUACUUAGAAGAUGGAAAGUCGUGCCGUGUGCGCAUGAGAGUCGGUUAGAAUCCUCCGAAACCAUGAUGUCCUUCGAUACCCCUGCCCGAGUUUGUGUAGAUCCUGUUGAUCAGACGUUCUGUGCUUCGUCGUAAACGAGUUUUUGGCCUUACCUGAUGAAGGCCUUUUUGCAGCUUUACCUCCACAUCGUGAGUGCCGCAUUCGCUCAAACCGACCGGCACUGCUAUAUUACGUCUCUGAGCAUCAUGAGUAGCCUACCUACGCACUGAGUUCACUUUCCGCUCAGAAGCGCUCGCUCCAAGCUCUUCGCGUCUCCACUUGUUCUUCUAUUUUCCAACCAGCCAGGAGCAGGACAGAAUCUUGUAUGUAAUGAUAAUAUACAUGGCACCAAUAUAGAAGAAUCAAUGUGGUCACAACGCGAAGAACGAAAAUAUUUAAAUAUCUUCUACAACGAGGACUAGUUGUCGCUACAUCGAUGUAGUUGAGGUUAAGAGGGCCAGCGCAGCUUCUAGACAUUUUUUUCAAUAUUCAGCAUGAAA